GAAGCGUUUCACAAGUUGCUCCGAGAGUACGAUAAAGAUUGUCGCAAAGCUUCUGGAACACGAUACGAGUAGGUGGAAUGAGAAUAUAAGAACAACACACACGAGUCAGUUGCUGUACGUGUGAGUUGCUAAAUCGUGUAGGUGAGAUAAAAAAUUUCGAAAAAGUUGAAAAAAAAAUAUUUCCCUUGCCGGAACAACUGGACAGAACUUUCAGCUGAGCGUGAAAGUUGAGUUGGGAGGAGUUUGGUUCGAGCAUUUUGAAAGUUCGUUUCACAAAGGAUCCGAGCGUAAUAUUGGCUGGUUCGUUCGAAUAACUUUGGUGUCGUCAGAGUCUGUGUGAGUAGAUUGUUCGAAAAUUUUGACAUUGGAAAGGCUGGUGAUCGGAAGCGCGAUGGAGGAAUCAACGAGAUUGACGGACUCAACGUUGCACCGUCGCAAACGCAUGUUGAGUCAGAAUCGACCGAUUUACGUUGACGAUGAAUCGAGCACCGACAGCGGAUGCAGCAGCCGCGGGAGCAGCGAGAGCAACGAUCGCCUCUCGAGACGCGGAAGCGCGGACCGACUGUGCGAAACGAGCGUCGUUAAUUCGCACGGCGGCUACUAUCUCCACCGCUUGCGAGGACAUCAGCGCCGAUCUUCGACCUCUCAAUUGCAGGAGAGACUAUCGCAGAGCACGAGUUCGGCCAACCUCCAUAACGGUCGAUCCAAAUCCUCGAGGUCUUGGAGCCCCAGCGAGGAACGAGGGAGUCACAGCAGCCACCACCAUCACCACCAUCAUCACCAUCGUCAUCACAGCCGGGAAUCACCGAGCCACUCGUCCAGUCCGUCAGACGCGCAAAGCAGCGACAGCGAUUCCCUUAAGAGACCGUCGAAAACAGUUAUCAAAAGAGCUUUGCAGUGUCUUAAGAUCGUCAUAUCCCAGGAAAAUGGCAACCAUCAAAACAACUCCAGUGACGGUAGUGUCGUCAAUGGCGGUGGCGGUGGCAACAUUAACAAUAACCUUGCCACCCCUAAAGAGAAAAAUCAGACGAAAAAGAGCCCCCGAAGAAUACUUCGCGAUCCGGUCUCUUAUACCUACGUCAAAGGAUUGUCCGGACUGCCUACCCAAAGAGUGCCCAGAAAUCCGGCCCAACAAGUCGUCGCUCCGUGCUCGUGUCUCGAUAUGAUUGCACGGUAUCGAUAAACUUUAUAAGAAUUAUCAUUUAUUUCUCCAUUCUUCAACUUCGGCUAUUCGACAUCGAUUACGAGUACGACAUCGACGAUGACUCGCACCCACGAAUACUACUGGACUUUCUAUAUCACGGUCGAUCGAAAUAUUUGAAUGAAUAAGAGUGUUUUUUAAGCGAUUGAGUCGUGAGGAAAGCCAUUAGCCAUUAGAUCAUUUAUUCUUCUGGCCAUUUUUUCAAUAUCAUUUUCAUCUAAGCAUACUCGCAGAAAUUCAUCUACUGUACGACAAAUAUUGAAUGGAAAUUUUCCAAAUGAGGGAAGAGACUCUGAAGUGUUAAAUACUGACGUGUGGAGAGUAUUGAGCUAAAGAUCCAAAGGAAUGUCUCUUCAAUGGCGCUCAAUCAACGUGUAUAUUUAAAAAUAUACGAUUAUAUAUGAAGAUUUUGGAGCUUUGGACACAACUUAUCAUCGAGCCAUGUCAUUAUUAACCGUGCAUGAUAUCAACGAUAUAAUUCGAUACGAAAAUUAAGUAUUUAGUCUUGACCAUUAAUUCAAUCUACGAUGCUAUCGAGACACACUUUUCCGGCAGUUUAUAGAACACUAGAGCCGUUUACAAUUGCACCUCCAGCCAGAAGUACGAAACUCGUGGUCAAUGGGAACAGUAUUUGAAAAUCGUAAUAAAACAUUUGGAUAGGUCACUAAAAAUCUUCCACACUUAUUGCUCUUGUCAGACCACUGAUUAUUGUUUUUACUAGUGACUAUUGCGUAAUUUAAUCGAUAUCCGCACUCUUACGAAUCCCUCUGGUAAUUUACGAAUGAAUGAUCAUGGAUAUAAAGAGGAUGAAAACGACAAAUGAAACGAAAGAGCUUAUGAUUAUACAUCGUUAUGGUUGAUGGUUGUAAUUCAUUAAUGGCGGAUUCAAUCAAGCUAAUUUGUAGCCUAAUCUUGCAGAGAGCGAACAGAACGAAAGCUCGUCCAUUCCUCCGACCUAAAUGGCAUAUCAGUCCGUUCGGUGGACCUACGAAAUCUGAAUGCGAAUUUUAAUAUUAUCCAAAAAUGAUAAAAAAAAAAAGGAUCAAAAUGUUAUUUUGUACUUUGAGAAAUCACGCAAUGCGGCUCAUGGCCCAACGAUUCUCGCCGACUAAGUCAAUUCUCAUAUCGGGGCACUUGAAGAAUGAUCAUUAUUAAUAUUAAUUGAAUGUAAAUUCGACUUCUAAAUUACCUCAUCCAAACGAGGAAUCGUAAUUUUGAUCAAUUUGAAAAAAAAAAAAAAAAAAAAAACACCAGGCACACAAACGAGCAUACACGCAUACGAGACGUCUAUUACUCUAUUUGACGUGAGAGUCAUCUUAAAGAUUGAACAAUUCUAAAUAAUACUCACAUUCUUUGUAAAGAAACAAAAAACAAAAAAAAAACAAAAAAAAAUACAAAAAAACGAGAAGAAAGAUGUUUGACCGAAAGUAAUGUAAUGAAAAAUACAUUUUCCUUAACUACGUACGUAUGUGUGUGUGUGCGUGUGCGUGUGUGUGCGUGUGCAAAAAUGUAUACUUGGAUUUGAAUAUGAAUGGAGAGAAUACAUUUUAUCGACGUAUUUUCACAUACGAAUUUUAAAUGGACGCAGGUCUCUGUUUUGCGAUCCACUCUAGUGCCUUUGUAGAUAUUUCCCCUGUUGUCUAACCGUCAGUUAUCACAUGAUGGAAUCCUCAUCAUACGCAUAGAUUUACAUUGACAUAUUAUUAUUGAAUAAUUACGACCACAACGCAAAUUUAAGGUAUUACCCGUAUGAGACGUACGCCGGAAUUAUGUAAUACAAAGGGAGAGCGAGAGAAAGAGAGCGAAAGAAGACACCGUGCGAACUUCCUCGAAAUAGUGCGUGCGUCACCUGUGAAUAGCAACUAAAGUAAAGACAAAAACAUGACAGGAGCUCGUGAAAAAGCUCUUGGUCUAAAUGUUUUGUAUCAAUAUCUAUGUCGGUAAUAUUCUACGUUCGAAAUAAACGUUUUUCAUGCCAAA